AUGGAUCUCUCUAAUGCAUUCCGUUUGGUCAACUUGGGGGUGGGUGUUAUAAUGAUCUUGGGUGGAAUCAGUCAGUUCUUUUCUGGCCCGCUGUUCCGAAAUAUCAUCAUUGGAGUCUAUGUCAUCCUUUUCGGUCUAGCCACCGCUGGUAUGGAGCUGGUACCGAACGUUCCACCAUACAUAACCAGACAUGCGUCCUUCAUGUUCUCCUUCAUCGGACGAGGAAUCUUCUACGUCUUCGUCGGCUGCAUCAUCCUCGAGUAUAACGUUCUGCGUAUCAUUGCCGGAUCGCUUAUCGGAAUCGUUGGCCUGGGCUACUGUGUGCUCGAGUACAUCCCAUCCAUAGAACCACCAGCCAACAUGCGCGAGGAUGGUGGUGACCCGGGCUGGGGCGCUGAGCAAGUUUAA